CUUCUCCAUUAUUGACCUUUUCUAUCACCAAACGCAUCAGAUUAUUUAAUCCAUUUCGUUGUAUUCAACUCUUGCAAACGGAUUCGUUUAUUAAUAUUCAAAUCAAAUAUCUUUGAACGCUGUUUGAACGUUUCUAAUCCACAAUUUCACGUAUAUAAAUCAAUCUGCAGAAGCUGAUUCCGAUAUCUGGUAUCGAAAAGUUUUAAUUUGUUUUUAAGAAGAAGAAGAAAAUUAUGGCGAGUGCUGCUGUAAUGAUCUAUAGCUGUGUUUCAUUGUCAACCUCUUCAUCAUCGUCUUCGUGGGGGAAAUUGAGAAAUUCGCAUAAGAAGUCGGCGAGAGGAAGUGGUGGCGGUGAUCGGAGGUUUAGGGUUCGAUGUGUUUCGACAAGUCCUUUAGCUUCCGAUCCUUAUAAAACUUUAAGUGUUCGUCCUGAUGCUUCUGAAUCUGAGGUCAAAAAGGCUUUUAGACAGCUAGCUUUGAAGUAUCAUCCAGAUGUAUGCAGAGGAAGCAAUUGCGGAGUCCAGUUUCACCAAAUCAACGAAGCUUACGAUGUUGUGAUGAGUAAUUUGAGAGAUGAAACAAGUGUAGCAGAAAUGGAGUAUUAUGGAUCGUCGGAUGCAGGGAUCGAUGAACCGAUGAGAGGAAUGGAGGAUCCUGAGUGGGAUAUGUGGGAAGAGUGGAUGGGUUGGGAAGGUGCUGGAAUUCGAGAUUAUUCUUCACACAUUAAUCCAUACAUCUGAAGAUCCAUGGAUUUCUACUUUCUAAGCUGAAAUCAGCGUCAUCUUUUAAGAUCAAUAAUAAUGUUAAUCCAAGUGUCUGAGUCUGUAUAUAAAGAGUACUAUGUAGAGAUGACUGUCUUAAUGUUCAUCUCUCUGUCUCUUUGUACAUAAGUCUAAUUUUAUGAUUAAUCGUCUGUAAUUAUUGCACCAUUACCUUUCAGGAAUAAAAGAUUUCUUGAACUCUGAUCUUCA